AUGUUUGGGAAGAAGAAGAAGCGGGUAGAGAUCUCCGCGCCAUCCAACUUCGAGCACCGCGUGCACACGGGCUUUGACCAGCAUGAGCAGAAGUUCACGGGGCUGCCCCGCCAGUGGCAGAGCCUGAUCGAGGAGUCGGCCCGCAGGCCCAAGCCCCUCGUGGACCCCGCCUGCAUCACCUCCAUCCAGCCCGGGGCUCCCAAGGUGGUGAUCAUGCGGGACUACCAGCACGAGAACGUGGUGGAGAUGUACAACAGCUACCUGGUCGGGGAUGAGCUCUGGGUGGUGAUGGAGUUCCUGGAGGGCGGCGCCCUCACCGACAUCGUCACUCACACCAGGAUGAAUGAGGAGCAGAUUGCCGCCGUGUGCCUGGCCGUGCUGCAGGCCUUGUCUGUGCUCCACGCGCAGGGCGUCAUCCACCGCGACAUCAAGAGUGACUCCAUCCUGCUGACCCACGACGGCAGGGUGAAGCUGUCGGACUUUGGGUUCUGUGCCCAGGUGAGCAAGGAGGUACCGCGGAGGAAGUCACUGGUCGGCACGCCCUACUGGAUGGCCCCAGAGCUCAUCUCUCGCCUCCCCUAUGGGCCAGAGGUGGACAUCUGGUCUCUGGGGGUGAUGGUGAUCGAGAUGGUGGAUGGGGAGCCCCCCUACUUCAACGAGCCACCCCUCAAAGCCAUGAAGAUGAUUCGGGACAACCUGCCGCCUCGACUGAAAAACCUGCACAAGGUGUCCCCGUCCCUGAAGGGCUUCCUGGACCGCCUGCUGGUGCGUGACCCGGCACAGCGGGCCACAGCGGCUGAACUGCUGAAGCACCCGUUCCUGGCCAAAGCGGGCCCGCCCGCCAGCAUCGUGCCCCUCAUGCGCCAGAACCGCACCAGAUGA